GAGGAUCCGCGUGGGCGAAUUACGUCAUACGCCCACCUGUAGCCCGCUCAUAUAUAUAGACGUUGAAAUACUGUAUAUACAAGGUGUGCGCGAAGGGAUUACAUUCGUGAUUCACUCUUUCCGCCUAUUUCUUAUAAUUAGUAAGAGACAUUACAAAGCACAAACUAAACGCAAUUGCUUGGAAUAACUACACGUUUUUACAAACUAUAUCGAUAAAGCCAUGCAAAAAUCUUUUCGAAAAAAAUUAGCACCGACCGCGAAGUUAUAAUUUAUACAAAUUGAAAUGUUCUUAAUUGGAGUGUGUUGAAUAUCAACAUCAAUAUUUGUUAUCCUCACAUUAUGAAAGAAUGCAUUGUACGAAUAGGAAACAUACAAGGUGAAUUUAUGAUACAGCGAUUAGAAGUGGUUGAAAGUAAGAGGGAGAAGAAAAAAGACACAGGGUAUAUAAUAAAAUACCGGGGGUGGAAGGCGGCGCCGGCCGCACCCCGGCGUCGCGACGUCAGUCGUCGUUCCAGCGUGGCUCAACAAGUACACGCGGCGCCGAGUGCCACGGAUUCAAAUUUCGCAAAUUUCUGACGUGACUUCAUUCUGUAGCUAUUUAACAUUAAAAUGCACUAAAUCGACGAAUAUAUCGUUAACCGCGAGAAGAGGAUCGCAAAUUAUCUUUCACAGGGAUUAAUCAACGAUCUAAGUCAACAUUGGCAAAAAGAAAAAGAAAAGUACUAUGCGGUCUAAAGUGACGAACGAGAAUACUUGGGAGACAAAGUGGGCUACUGAAUCAUCGCGAAGCGGUAGGAGCUUGCGGCGGGCGACAAAAAGGACGGAAUCAUCGGGAUUGAAAUUGUCAAAACCCACCAGGGGAAACACCGCACGAGAGAGGACUCUCAGGAGGCUAGAGAGCAAUGAACGAGAACGUAUGCGGAUGCACAGCUUAAACGAUGCAUUUCAGUCUUUACGCGAAGUGAUCCCGCAUGUUACCAAAGAGAGACGGCUCUCGAAGAUCGAGACACUGACUCUGGCGAAAAAUUAUAUAGUGGCCCUUACGGAUGUGAUAUGCGCCAUGAGAAGCGAGGAACAACCGAAGGAUCAGCAGACAAGUGGAUCCGAAUCUCAAGAUUCGUCAAACAGCGAACAGCGAUCGGAAUCGACCGCUAUUCACGUAAAUAUUCCCAUUACCUCCAGAUCCUGCAACUCAGAAUCUCAGAAUUUUUAUCAGAGUGAUCAUUCGCGAUAAGAGAACGGUUGUAGCAACAUUACAGCUCUUUAAAAAAAUCACGGCGAUAAACAAUAUUGAAAUGAAGUACGAAUUAAGAUCUUUACAAGUGGCACUUCGGCUAGUCUUCCUUCGGUUAAGCUUCCUUUCUUUAUCAUGCAUGCGUUUACAUUUCAAAGAGCUAUUCAAUUCUAGAGCUACCUAAACCAUAGCAGAAUUAAUGAUGUAUUUUACGACUGACAUAAUAAUCUAAGGAAAAUACUAAAUGUGCCAAAGAAAAUAGUAUUCAUCGCAAGAACGAAUAAAAGAAGAUAAUAUUAUAUAAAUAUUAAUAUAGUAAUAUUUAUAGUAUUUUAUUUCGUAUACAAUGUUAUUUAGAGAGAAAUGCAUUCCACAAAGUAAAUGUUUGUUAUAUAUGAAGAAUCUUGGAAAGUUGCUAGAUUUUUUGUGUGCAUUUGCGAAUAAGUGAGAAAAGUAUAAAAUUUUAUUUUUUUAUAAAUAAUUUUACAACAAAUUCUAGUUAUUUAUUACAAAUUACUUUGUGAACCUUUAAUACGUUAUUAAAGUGUAAACGACAAACACGGGCUACUUGUAAUAAAUAAUUUAUAUAUAUAUUUACUAUAUACAAUAUAUAUUAUGAUAUAAUAUAUAUAA